AUGACAGAAGCAAAGAUUACCAGAGGACACUCUUGCGUUCCCUGCCAGCACCGAAAGAUUAAGUGCAAUGGCCAAACUCCAUGCGCAUACUGUAUCAGAACAGGCAAAGAUUGUGUACGCAUGCGAUUGUCGCCACCUCACACACGCAAUGCUCGUUUGAAUCAUCGACGUCUUGCAGCUGCGCAGACAGGCAGUCCCGGUGGCGAUGGACAGGUCAUUGUCAGUGGAGACCAGCGUCGCUAUGUCGAAGACAAUAAAUUAUGGAAGUCUUUAGGUGAUGAGAUGCAAGGCAGAGAUGCUAGCCCAGAUCCAGAGCGUCCAUCUCUGCGGACAAGAACUGAUACGCCGUCAACCGAAGUAAACCUCAUCUUUGGCCAUCAAAAGUCCCCGUCUGGUUCAGUCGAGUAUCCUUCAGCUGUGCACUCAUUUCAGCUGUGGCAAGUAUUUAUCAGCAACGUUCAUCCUCUCACCAAAAUUCUCCAUGGACCAACAGUUCAAAAGGACAUCCUUGAAACCUUUUCUGAGCCAACUUCAACGCCCAGCCCCACAGAGGCUCUAUUGUUUUCCAUUUAUCUUGUCGCUGUUGUCUCUUUGACAGAUACCGAAUGCCGCAACAGGUUUGGGGAGCCUAGAAAGGACUUGCUGGCUCGAUACUGUGACGCGACCGAAGUAGCCUUGAGCAAAGCUGAUUUUCUGAGGUCUACGGAUCUAAGGGUGCUCCAAGCCUUCACUCUCUACCUGCUUUCCUUGCGUCAUAUCUGUGACCAUGAUAUUCUAUGGCUUCUGACAGGUCUCGCAACACGAAUGGGCCAGAGAAUGGGCCUCCAUCGUGAAAGCUCACUCAAAGACCUACCCCCAUUUGAAGCUGAGUUGCGACGCCGGGUUUGGUGGCAGAUUGUCAUACUAGAUGGUCGAGCUUCACAGUUGACGGGUGCAUCCAUGAAUCCCAACAUGCAACUCUAUGGAGACACUCGACAACCAAUUAACCUGAGCGACGCUGACCUUGUGCCAUCAGCAAGCACAAUACCACAGCCAUCACCCAUCACCACGGAUAUGCUGUUUUGUAAAGUCCGCAUUGAAAUCGGUGUGUGGAUGAUUCAACAAAAGUGUCUACUCAUCUCCGAUUCUGAAUCGUCGGUCGCGGGUAAAGCAAAGUUUUUCAAAGCUAUCGACGAGCUUGAGCGUCAUAUUGAGGACAAGUAUCUUGUCAAUAUGGACAAAGAACUUCCACUCAACCUUUUGACGGCAUAUCUCGCGCGGUCUGCUAUCUGUCAGCUGCGGCUCUCAGCUUAUCAUCCUAUUCAUCGUCCCGAGAGGACCUCUGAUUUGAAUGCUGAACAAAUUGAUAUGCUGCUCGAAAACAGCCUGGAAGUGAUACGAUAUGAUAUCUUAUCGCAUUCAACCCCAGCACUGCAAUGCUAUUUGUGGCACAUCGCCAAUUUCUUUCCAUUCGAGACGUUUGUCCUUCUGAUUAGCACUUUGUCUGGUCGCCCGGCAGGUCAGGUUGUUGACACGGCGUGGGAGGUGAUCGAUCAAGUGUAUGAGCAUCACCCAUCAUUCAUUUCAGAUACUGGUGACCCUCUAUAUUGGGCGUUGGGUAACAUUACCCUCAAGGCAUGGGAUCAGAGAGUUACGAGCGCCAGGACGAGGGGAUUACCAGUUUCUCGUGAUCUACCCUGCAUAACCAACCUUGUCCAUGCGCGAGCGACACUGGCCAGGGCGUCAUCACAACAACCCUCCACGACCACAGACAUAUCUGGACCAUUUACGCCUCAGAGCUUACUCCAGGCACAAGAAACGCCAGAUGGAUAUCUUGGUGGUUCAGGUACGAUGAAUGAGCUCGUCUCGCAAGCGGACUUGGGCAUGGCGACUGGGGACGAUAUUCUGGGCAUGAUGAAGGGUGUUGAUGUUGACUGGGAUUUUUGGCAGCAGUUAUUGGAUGGGAAUGGACAUGAUGCAAGGGCGAGAGAUGAUCAGGAGACGUUUUACUUUUCGUCGUUUAUAAAUAAGGUCUAA